AUGUACCAAGAUGUGAUGUGUUCCACAGAUACAGCUUUGAACAACACUUCUAGGAGUGGGUUCCCACCCCAGAAUGCCGAGUCUCUUCUCUCCAUUCCAGAUUCAGCGGUAAUGGGCCUGUUGAAGGCUUGGGCUCUACGCCCACAGUGGACAAUCUGGCUCCGGCAGUGGUUGUUGGACGCGGCUGUCUCCACCGGUUUGACUACACGCGUGCGCAUUUCAGACAAGGCCGAGGAUCACAUCCCAUGCCUUACCUAA